UAUAUGUAAAACGGCUACUAUUAUGCUAGACUGAUUCAUUUUUUCCUCACGAUGCUGACCGAACUGACCCGCGUGGACCUCUCCAGCGACCCAGAUUACAGUUAUGAGGAGAUGGGGCCCUCGUCUUUGUCAUCGCCGUUGUCGUCAGAUUCAGCGUUUGGGGAUCAGCUGACUUGUUCUGUGGAGUUGUGUGAGGGCCAGGCUUGUGAGGGAUGCCAAGAAGUGAUUGCUGACAGGUAUUUUCUGCACGUUAAUGGCGCCUGCUGGCACACGGACUGUCUGCGAUGCUGUGUCUGCUGUUCUUCACUGAAACAGGAGGAAAGCUGCUUUGUUAAAGACGAAAACAUCUACUGCAGGAGAGACUAUAUAAGUGAAUUUGGAACCAAGUGUUCAAAAUGUUACCGAAAGAUCCAAGCGACAGACUGGGUCAGGCGGGCACGUGAAAAUGUGUAUCACCUGGCGUGUUUUGCAUGCGACUCCUGUCAGCGACAGCUCUCCACCGGGGAAGAGUUCGCACUGAGCGGGGACCAACUGUUAUGUCUGCGGCACUACACGUCUCUUGUUGAAGGAGACACGGAUAAAGAUUCCGAACUGAGCAGCAAACCAAAGGCAAAACGUGUGCGAUCCUCUUUCACAGAGGAACAACUUCAGAUCCUACAGGCCAACUUCCGGAUAGAGAGCAAUCCAGAUAGCCAGGAGUUAAACAGAAUAGCCAUCACCGCGGGCGUCAGCAGACGAGUGGCGCAGGUCUGGUUCCAGAACGCCCGAGCCCGACAGAAAAAGCAGCAACUCUACAGCAGCCAGUCCAGUCGCUCCAUCAACUCUAAUGGCUAUUCUCACGGACAGUGGUCAAGUGGAUCAGAAGGACAGCUGAGCGAUUCCCCCUCGGAAUGAUCGGUCCCCAUCACGAGUUGUUCCGCUUUGAACAGACACGAAGCUUGGGCUAUUUCGUGUACUUCCCGAUGUGAUACAAACAAACAUGAUCAAACGUGUACCUAACUGUUAUUUUCUUUACUAUUUAUUUUUUUUUAUAUUUGUUGAUAAUAUUAAACA